GAUUUCCGAACGCAAUCCUCAAGUUUCCGUCGACCCUUCGCGUGUGGUCCUACGUCGUCGUUUCUCGGUGCCUUCUUCAGGGAGAGACCUUCCGGAAUCCUCCUGGAAUCCGCUCGUGUCCGAAGAGGAGCGCGAGGGAGGUGAGACAGGGAUAAGGAAUAAGAUUCGCGCACGGCAAACGCAGGGCCGCCGAUCGCGCGAAGCGACGCGAUUAAAUGAGACGGGGCAGUACUUCGGCAAGUACUACGUCUCGUGCGGGAACGCUAUGUCUACGGAGACCACCCUGAACGUUGACGUGCCGAACGUCGCGUCGAGGCUGCAGGGUCUGCGGCUGGCGACGCACGGCGAGGACGAAGGCGACGUGACGGAGAACGCGACGAGCAGCGGUUCCACCGGUGCUGCCAGCGGAUCGUCCUCGUUGCGGGAACCGCUGCGGAACAUCACCCUCUCCCGGGCGCGGCGAGCGCUCAAUUUCGUCGUCGAUGAGGAACAGCCGACUACGAGCUCGUCCGUGGCGCGAAGCGAGGCCUCGUACUCGAACGGCGAUAACCGACCACCUAUUAAUGCAGCAAAUACGUCAUAUUUGGAAGGGCGACCACAGAAUAGUAUCUCCUUGGAAAACUCUUCCACGCAAAAUCAGCCUGCGGUUACAUACAAUUGGCAAGGUACAAAGGCAACAAUGCGUGAGAGGAUUGUAUUUCUCUUUAAUAAUGAAAUACUAUCAGACGUGACCUUUCUGGUGGGAAGAGGAGCGCAACAACAACGUAUACCAGCUCAUAAACUAGUCCUGUCUUCUGGAAGCGCUGUAUUUGAUGCAAUGUUUAAUGGAACGCUUGCUACAGCUUCUUCAGAAAUAGAAGUACCUGAUGUAGAGCCUGCUGCAUUUUUGGCAGUGCUCCUUUUUCUAUAUACUGAUGAGAUACAAAUAGAUCCUGAAACUGUGAUGACAACGCUGUAUACCGCUAAGAAAUAUGCAGUAUCCGCUUUAGAAAAGCAUUGUGUUGAUUUUUUAAAAAAUAAUUUGACGAGUGAUAAUGCUUUUUUGCUGUUAACGCAAGCUCGUCUGUUUGACGAACCGCAAUUAGCCUCAGUAUGUUUGGAUACGAUAGAUAGAUUCACAACUCAGGCCCUCAAUGCAGAUGGAUUCACAGACAUUGAUAUUGACACAUUGAUGAUAGUCUUGGAAAGAGAUACACUUCGUGUUAGGGAAUCUAAGUUAUUUCAGGCCGUUUUAAGGUGGUCAGAAGCUGAAUGUGUAAGACAGCAAUUAUCAGUUACUCCGGAAAAUCAACGUCUGGUUUUAGGCAAUGCUCUAUCUUUGGUUCGUUUUCCACUUAUGUCAAAAGAAGAAUUUACAGCGGGUCCGGCACAAUCUGGCUUAUUAAACUAUUCAGAGGUUUUAUCUUUAUUUUCAUAUUUUAUAUUGAAUCCCAAACCUUCAGUGGGAUUUCAAACAAUGCCUCGAUGUUGUAUGACAGGCAAAGAACAGACUGUAUGCAGAUUUCAGCAUACGAAAAGUAGAUGGGGAUAUUUUGGAACUAGUGAUCGUAUCCGGUUUAGUGUGGAUAGGCGUAUUUUUCUUAUUGGAUAUGGAGUUUAUGGCAGCACACAGGAACCAGCAAUAUAUGAAGUAUCAGUGGAAUUAAUUCACACUGCAUCGGGAAAAGUGAUAGCCACAAAUGCAACAAGUUUCAGCUGUGAUGGAUCAAAGUACACAUACCGUCUAAUGUUUAAAGAGUUAGCGGAAAUCUUACCAAAUACGAUUUAUACGGCAUCAGCAACUUUCAAGGGGCCAUGCUCAUAUUAUGGCACAAAAGGAUUAAGAACAGUAUUGGUGGAUUGUGAUUCAGGAAAUACAAAAGUAAAAUUCGAAUUUAGUAGUGAAUUGGGAGAUAACAAUGGUACAUCCACUGAUGAAGGUCAAAUACCCGAGCUUAUCUUUUACACGUAAUAAAUUAUGUGUAAUUAUGACAUUCCUCAAGUUUGCUUGAUUAAUUAUCAGAGAUAAAUUAAAGUGAAUAUAUAUGCCGGGUUUUGUCAAUUA